GUUUGAAGACAUGUUCAAUGUCGAGUCCGCGGACCAGGCCAGAUACACCAAGGUCAGCCGUAUAAUAGGGCAAUCCUCCACCUCACAAGAUAUCAAAAUCACCUUGGAUAUCAAUAGUGAGUUAUUCCCUGUCAAAUCCAACGACUCAUUGACCAUUGUAUUGGCCAGCUCUUUGGGGAACGAAGCAUCCAUGUUAACCUCCAACGGGUCCUGGAGACCUCCUAAAGCCUCGGAUCGUUCUUUGGCCGACGAUUACGAUUACGUGAUGUAUGGAACCGUUUAUAAAUUCGAAGAAAAUUCCGGUGACGAUAAAAUGUCAGUCUAUAUUAGUUUUGGUGGGUUAUUAAUGAGAUUGGAAGGUGGUUACCGUUCGUUGUCCAACUUGAAACAGGACAACGCCUACAUUUUAAUUCGUCAUUAUAAAGAAAAUUGAAAUUUGUACUAUUAGAUAGAUAUAUACAUUGAUUUAUAUAUUGAUUUUAUGUGUAGCUAAAAAAAAC